UUGCAUUCCUAUAUCUGAAAGAAUAAAAGCUUCACUACACUGUAAGAGGUUUUGCAACUUAAUUUGCUUCAAGUUUUCUUUUGUUUUCUGAAUCCAUUGCCACGAAUCUCUCUGCACACUGCACUUAACGUUUUUUCGAGUUUACUUUGAUUAUUGCUCGAUCUAGUUCUGUGAUACAGAUCGAGAGCUAAACAGAAAACACAAAAACAGAAGAAAAAAGAAAAAGCCUAUUUAGAUUCCGCCUGGGUUUCGUAUCCCUUGAUUUGAUAAUGAUAAUAUCUUUCACUUCAUUGUUCGAUCAUUUUACUUGGCCACUGUUCUUCAAGUUCAUUUACAUUCUUACUGUGGUCUUCUAAGCCAAGGAAAUUGAGGACCAACUAGAUUCUUCUCCCAGUUAAAACUAAAAGAUUGUGGCAUACAGACUUUUUGGUACUCCUACGCUUGGUGUUUCGAAAUUUGAAGAGCAACGAUCUUCAUUUAAUAAUCCAUAGGGAUAAGGGUUAAGUUGGAACAAGAAGAAGCAAAUUUUUUUUUAUCUCCAGCAAUAUUGCACGCAGCCGCAUAUCAAAUUUCAAAAGAAUCAAUAGGAAGAAGAAGAUAAGAGAAAGAGGAGCUGAUUUUGAGAAAGCUUGGUUUGUCAAAUUUCCAAAAGUUGAAGCUUUCACUCACUCUGAGCGGCAUAUCUCUUUGAGGCUCGACUCUCCUUCAGGUCUUGUCUGAAAGAAACAGAUCUUGCAGCUCCGAAUACUCCUCUUUCAGAGACUUGGGGACAAUCUUCCACAGCCAACGUUUCCAGUUUGAAUGAACCCACCAACUGUAACACUGAUCAUUUAGAAUACAGGCACAAUAUAAGUAAAGAGAGUGACAAAGUCAAAGGUUGAAGCUUUCACUCACUCUGAGUGGCAUAUCUCUUUGAGGCUCGACUCUCCUUCAGACUUUUUGGUACUCCUACGCUUGGUGUUUCGAAAUUUGAAGAGCAACGAUCUUCAUUUAAUAAUCCAUAGGGAUAAGACAUGGAGAUUGCUACCGGAACUGCUACAAAUCUUAUUGGAAAGAUUUUCGGGUACGUGGGUUCAACCAUUGGACGGCAAGUGGGUUAUUUAAUCCACUACAAACGCAACCUUGAAAAUCUAAAGACCGAAGUGGGCAAAUUAAGUGUUGCAAAGGAAACAGUGAGUCAGAAGAUUACCGUUGCCGAAGCCAAGGGUGAAAAGAUUCAUUUGAAUGUCCAGGUUUGGCUGAAAAAUGUGGCUACAAUUACUAAGAAGGCAGAAGAACUGCUGAAAGAGAAGCAACAAGCAACUAUUGAAGAUGCAAACAAUUCGUUGAAAGAUGACGGCCAGCCAAAGACCAAAUGUGUACAUGGGUUUUGUCCAAAUCCGAUGCUCCGCCGUCGUCGAAGCAAGAACUCGUUGGCAUUGAUUGAGGGUGUUACCAAGCUGAUCAAUGAAGAAAGAGAACUUUCCGACAUUUCAUACGUCCCCCCUAAAGAUCUACAGACUGAAGUGGACAAAUUAAUAGUUGCUAAACAGACGCUAGUUGAGAAGGUCACUGCAGCUGAAGUGAAGUGUGAAAAAAUCCAUGCAAAUGUCCAAAAGUGGCUGAAAAGAGUGGCUGAGGUUAUUAAAGAAGCAGAAAAAUUCUUGAAAAACAAGCACCAAUCAAUUGAAGAGGCAAGUAAGAAAGAUGAAAUCCAAGCAAUUGAAGAGCCAAACACCUCCUUAAGUCAUGGAAGCAAGGAAUCAUUGGAAUUGCUGCAGGUGGUUGCUGAACUCUACGAGAUGAGAGAAUUUUCUGAUAUUUCAUACGUUCUUCCGGCACAAGAUGUAUGUGCAUCUGACGAAGACUACGAGGAAUUUGAUUCACGAACUUCAAUACUGGAGAAAAUCUUGAAGGAAUUGGGAAAUUCUAGUUCUGAAAUGAUUUUGGUGUAUGGUGUUGGGGGUGUGGGAAAGACCACGCUCGUUGAAGAAGUUCUAAGGAAAACUCAAAAAGAGAAAUUCUUUGAGGAUGCAGUAAUGGUACGGGAUGUGAAAAAUUCACACUUGGAAGCAAUUCAAAAUCAACUUGUUGACAAGUUAGGUGUGGACAUUUCGGACGCUCGGACUCUACCGGGAAGAGCCGAUAAAAUAAAAGAAAGAAUCAAGGACAAGAAGACUCUUGUCAUUUUUGAUGAUGUUUGGGGAGAACUUGAUUUGAAAGCAGUGGGACUUCCCCAUAAAUCCACUUGUAGAAUAUUGUUGACAUCCAGAAGUCAACAAGUGUUUUCUCAUAAGAUUAAGCAAAAAGAGUUUCGGCUUGGGGUUUUAGAUGAUCAGGAGGCAUGGGCUUUAUUUGAGAAGAAAGCCGGUGAUGUUGUUGCAGAUCCUACUAUUCAACCUAUAGCAACUCAAGUAGCCAAAAAAUGUGGAGGGUUGCCUGUUUUGGUUAUCACAGUUGCAAGAGCAUUAGAAAAGAAGCCUCUAUCCAUCUGGAAAGAUGCUUGGCGACACUUUGAUAAGAAAGAAAACUUAACUCAAAAGGCAUACUCGGGUAUCGAGUGGAGUUACAGUCAACUGAGUGACAAGGAUCAGCUUCAGCCAUUGUUCUUGUUGUGUGGUCUUAUUGCAAAGGGCAACUAUGUUUCAUUUGCAGACUUGUUGAAAUAUAGUAUAGGUUUGGGUUUGUUUGAAGACUAUACCGUGGAAGACGCACGAAAUGCCUUGUAUCAACAGGUUGACAAGCUUAAAAGUUCUUGUCUAUUGCUAGACGGUGAUGAUGGUACAUGUGUCAGAAUGCACGAUCUUGUACAUGAUGUUGCUAACAGGAUUGCAUACAGAGAUCAUCAUGUGUUGGUUGAAGAUGGAGGUCAUGAGAGGAAAAAAUGGCCAAAUGAAGAUUUCUUUACUGAGUGCAGUAAGAUCUGUUUGCCUUGUCGCAAUAUUGCCACCCUUCCUCAAGUACCUUGGCAAUGCCCGAAAUUGGAGAUGUUUCAUUUGCACCGUGAAAGUGGUGAUUCCUCGCCUGAAAUACCAAGCAACUUUUUCGUGGAGAUGAAAAAACUCAAAGUAUUGGGUUUAAGCAAUGUGCCUCUUCUUCCACUACCCCCAUCUUUUUCAUUUUUAAAGAAUCUCCAAACAUUGUGUUUAGAUGGAUGCAUGUAUGAAGACAUUGCUCUAGUUGGAGAGCUAAGAAACUUAGAAGUUCUUAGCCUUGUAAAAUCCAAGGUUAAACAAUUACCUAAAGAAAUUGGGCAGUUAACCCGUUUGCGGUUGGUGGAUUUGUCUGACUCUUCACUUGAAGUGAUUCCAGCUGGUGUCAUUUCAAAUUGGACAAGACUUGAAGACUUGAGAAUGAGAAACAGCUUUGAGAAUUGGGAGAGUCAACGGUGGCCAAGUAAUGCUAGCCUUUUGGAGCUGAUGAACUUGCCCAAGCUAACCGCAUUAGAAGUACGCAUUCCAGAUCCCGACAUUCUUCCAGCAAAGUUUUUCUCUGACAGGUUGGAAAAAUACCAAAUAUUUAUUGAGCCGAAGGAGUUUUGGCUGCGGCGUAUUAUGUCUGAAACAACUCUCAACACGCUUGUACUAGGGCUCACCACCAGAUAUGAAUUGGACCAAGGUCUAAAAGCAUUGCUGAAGAGAUGUGGAAUUUUAUACUUUAUUGGGACGAAAGAUGUUGAUUUUUCAUUUAUCAUGAAAACAGAGGUUGUGAUGUCCAGCUUAACAACUUUGGAGGUGUCAAAUUGUGAUGGUUUAAAAUACUUCUUAUCAUCUUCUAUGGCUAGAAGUCUCGUAAAACUCAAACAGCUCAAGAUAUCAGAUUGUAAGGCCAUGGAAGAAAUAGUAUCAACAAGAGAAUCCCAAAAUAACAUAAUUUUUUAUAAGCUAGAAAUCCUGAAACUGGAAGACCUUCCAAACCUUGCUAGAUUCUGCACAGCUGGAAGUUGUAUUGAAUUUCCGUCAUUGGAGAGACUGUAUAUGAAAGCAUGUAGUAAACUAGGAGAAAGUACUGCAAAAGACACUACAUUCCGCAGAGAGAUUCAAGAGAGAGAGUUGGAUGAGAACUUUCAGGCCCACAAUGAGACUUGUAGCCAAAACUUUCUUUUUGACGAAAAGAUAAGAUCUCCAAGACUGGAGAUAUUGCAAAUCACCGGUACCUACGGCAGGACCGGCUAUACAGAUAGUGUCUUGCAGACCAUAUGGCACAACCAAUUGGAUCCAGGCUCAUUUUGCAGACUCAGAGAAGUCUAUGUGGUUAAUUGUGUCAAUCUAAGAAGCAUUUUUCCACCUAGUAUGAUGGGAAGAUUGAGUGCUUUAGAAACCUUAGACAUAAAAAGUUGCGAGUCAAUGGAAGUGGUAUUUGAUGAACGUAAUGAAACUAAUGUCAGCGAAACACGUGGCACAUCAACCACUCAGUUGAAAGACGGUCAAAAUCUAAAGUCAGUGGAUAUAGACUAUUGUCACAGAUUGAAAUACAUUUUUCCCGCAUCUAUGGUAACUAGAGGUCUUCAACAGCUGCAAAAGAUGAAAGCGGGUCGUUGUAAAGAAAUGGAGUGUGUUGUUGCCAAGGAAGAGGGGACUCUAGAAUCAACAAGGCAUCCCAACUUUGUGUUCCCAAAAGUUGAAUCUAUGAUUUUUCAAUCUAUGCAAAGGCUUAAGAGCUUCUAUCCCGGAAUGUAUAUUUCUGAGUGGCCCUUGCUCAAACAUUUCAAGUUUGAAGGUGAAGUGGAGAUUUUUGCUGCAGAACUAUCAGUCUUUCAGGAAAGGCAAAUGCAUGCUCCAACUAAGCAACCUUUCUUGCUAAUUGAUAAGGUAUGUAGGAGUACUUUUAUCAAUUUACUUAUUUGAAACUCCUCCCUAUAUUAUAAUUUACGAUAUAUAAACUAUUAUUAAGAGAAGAUGUCUUGUUAGCCAAAACAGAAAAAAUGUACUAAAAUAACCCUGAAAUAUUAAAAAA